AUGGAGAUGCCGAAGGAUAGAACGAAGUUUUUAUGGUGGGAGCAAUACAGAUAUUUUUCUUACAGUGUGUGCCAGCUGUGGCGGGAGUGUUCCCGCAGAAUCCUGCGAACGCAGCAGAGCAUCACCUGGGUCUCUGCCCUGGAACCAGGCUCAUCGAACAGCCAUGUCCUGGUCCAGGUGUUAGCAGCAGAAAUUGAGAAAGUUCAAGUCCUCCCCCAGACAGCAUUAUAUAUAAUAGCAGGCGCAGAGACGUUCAGUGGACACCGAGAGAUUUGUGGUUAUGGUCUGAAAAAAGCACGGCGAAGAAACAGCAAAGAAAUAGCUGCUGCCCUGGAAAAACUGCUGCCCAAACGAUGCCAAGUUCUUGGUCUUGUGACACCUGGAGUUGUUGUUACUCCAAAAGGCUCUCGCAGCAAUCACCCCUUAGAAGUUGAAGAUGGAGAGGCUGGCUUUGCCCUGCUGUUCCCCAAAAUCGAUGGGGUGAAGAUUCAGACCUUCCACUUUUUUAAAGACUCGAGGAACCAAGUCAUUGAGGAAGAACAGUUUGCUGAAGCAGGUCUUAAGAACAAUCCGGAUCUUAGGGUGGUUCUUAUGUUUGGAUACAAUACCUGGAAGUCGGGAUCAACACGAUUUCUCCGCCAGAUUCUCAAUCGCUUGAAUGAAAAAAGCAUAAUCUUAGCUGGGGGAUAUGUAGACAGCAUUACAUCUCUAACUUCAGAGAAUAACGUUCAGCCUACUGAGUCCUGUGGUGUUGUUGGCUUGGCUUUUAGUGGUCCCCAGAUCCAGUGUGCCUCCGUUCUGUUAGAUCAAGAUGUAACAGAUGACAGGACAGCAGAAGCUGCAAUGCAGCGCCUCAAGGCUGCAAACAUUCCAGAGCACAACAGCCUGGGUUUUAUGUUCGCCUGUGUUGGCAGGGGAUACCAGUAUUAUCAAACCAAACCAAACCUGGAAGCAGAUGCUUUUAGAAAGUUCUUUCCAAAUGUCCCCCUCUUUGGCUUUUUUGGACAUGGGGAGAUAGGAUGCGACCGAAUUGUGACUGGGAAUUUUGUCCUGCGAGAAUAUAAUGAGACAAAGGAUGACCUCCUCCACGGUUACACCACCGUAAUGACACUUAUGCAUCUAGGUUCAGCUAAGGUGAAUCAAGCUUAAACCUCUUUUUUGCAAUUGUGCACCCAAGUCACCAGGCUGCAUUAAUUUCAGGAACGUGCAAUUCUGGGAACACUUAAAAGUGCCUCCUGAAACAAAAAUGAAGGUUGUCCCGUUGACUUUAGAUCUCAGAUUAUGUAUGCUUAAAUUAGGUGAAGAAAAGAACAUUUUUAUACCACCUUUCUAAAACUGAAAGUGCUUCAUAUAUAUGGUAGUUUUUUUUUCUUCAUUCCAGUAGUUGCAAAUGAUGGUUGUUAGCAUCACUGGUGCUUUCAUGCUGGAAACUGAUCGUAUCAUUUUUUUCAUGCUGUUCAUGGAUUACUGAACAAGUCAUCCUUUGAACUAAUUCUGUCUUAAGCUGUGGCUGUGUCUUUUAUUGUCUGUCUUUGGAGAUAGAAAGCUUCAGGUCUGAACUGAGCCCUUUAAAUCACCUGUUCAGGUAAGGUGGCAAAGUGCCCGGGCAAGCCUGGCCAAAUUUGAAAUAAUGUUUGCAUUGAAUUUUAAUCUCUUUGGUCUAGAGAGGAUAAGAUGGUCUGGAUCCUUGGGGCUUAUCUUAGUAAAAUGUUGCAAGUUGGGCAAUGUUGUUCACUAACUAGUUUGUAUUAUAAAUUGUACUAGUUGCCUGUUUCUUAAUCUCUUUUGUUGUAGAAAAAUAUUCCUUGGGGAUUUUUCUGAUCCCAAAUAUACCACCUUUGUGGAGGGGCCACAAGAUCUGUCUGAUUUGGCUCUGAUUUUACUGUUGAGUGGUCUCAGUAUAAAUUUUUGGGACCUGGAGCUGGCUAAAUAACAAAAGUCAGUGAAAGCCUAGAAAUAAUGUUUUCUUCCUAUGAGGACAUCUGCAAAAUGAAAAAAAAAAAUACUGCUUUUGUCGAUGUAGGAAAGAUAAGUGGCAGCAGAAUUAUAUGAUUGCAAGAGAAUAACUUGAUAUUCAACUUUCCAUCUGUCAUUAAAACUACUGAAGAUAUUUAUAAUUUGGUGUAAUGUCCUAGGGUUGUACUGGGGAAGUGGGACAAGUGUAAAUAAGGUAACAGAAAAUUAAAUACUUGAUUUUUCUCUCAA